CAUAAUUUGUCUCCUCAGUAGACCCAAAGUUUGUGAUUUUCAUCUUUUCUGCUCUUCACACAUAACCCUUCCUAUUCCUUCACCUCCCUCCGUCUCCUUUUUUAGCAAAUUAUUACACUCUGAACCAAAAAAAAAUAAUCAUGUCAGCUGAUAAUCAUCACGAUGUUUUGGCUGAGGGAUCAUCUUCACGAUCCCUCGAUCAGAGUAAUCAUCCGCAACCACAACCAGUGCAAGUACCAGCUCAGUUGAGCCGGUACGAGUCACAGAAGAGGAGAGACUGGAACACGUUCGGGCAAUACUUGAGGAAUCAAAGGCCAUCAGUUUCACUAUCACAGUGUAACUACAACCACGUCCUUGAUUUUCUACGGUACCUCGAUCAGUUCGGGAAGACGAAGGUUCAUUUCCACGGAUGUGUGUUCUUCGGACAACCUGAUCCACCUGGUCCUUGUACUUGUCCACUAAGGCAAGCUUGGGGAAGCCUUGAUGCGUUGAUCGGACGGCUUAGAGCGGCUUACGAAGAGCAAGGUGGAGCACCGGAGACAAACCCUUUUGGUAAUGGUGCUAUUAGGGUUUAUUUGAGGGAAGUUAGGGAGUGUCAAGCGAAGGCGAGAGGUAUUCCUUAUAAGAAGAAAAAGAAGAAGAAGCAUCAAAUCAGCAAGGUUGAUCCAGAUGAUUCAAAGAAAUUGAGGCAAGCCUAGAAAUCAAGUUUGUGUUGGUUAUCAUUUCAGGGUCACAGAAUAGAUCUAAACUGGAUGGAAGAGACUCACGUCGAUGUCUUCUCUGCUUCAACGUAAUCUAUCUAUCUUAUGCAAUCUCAGGAAAAGUGGUGUAGCAGUCUUAAGUCUAACCUCCUCUUGGUUAUAAGGUAGUUUUUUGCUUAUCCAGCCGCACACUAUAUAUAAUCCACAAUCUUAAUAAAAGUUUAGUACCGUGUAAGUCAGCCUUUCUUUCUUUUACAGACUCCAUAUAUAUAUAUAUAUAUAUAUAUAUAUAUUAAGAGAGA